GAGAGAGAGAGAGAGAGAGAGGGAGAGAGAGAGAGAGAGAGAGAGAGAGAGAGAGAGAGAGGAUGGCGAGCAAUAUUGGGAUGAUGGACAGUGCGUAUUUCGUUGGGAGGAAUGAGCUUCUCUCAUGGAUCAAUGCCAACCUUCAACUCAAUCUUUCUCGUAUUGAAGAGGCCGCUUCAGGUGCUGUACAGUGUCAGAUGAUGGACAUGACCUAUCCAGGAGCCGUUCCAAUGCACAAGGUUAACUUCGAUGCAAGAACAGAAUAUGAUAUGAUCCAAAACUACAAAGUACUACAAGAUGUAUUUAACAAACUUAAAAUCGAUAAGCAUAUUGAAGUAAAUAGACUAGUGAAGGGUCGGCCAUUGGACAACUUGGAGUUUCUACAGUGGUUGAAACGCUAUUGUGACUCUGUAAAUGGUGGCAUCAUGAAUGAGAAUUAUAAUCCUCUGGAACGUAGGAGUAAGAUAUGUAAAGAACGUCAUGCGAAAGCAAUGGCAUCCCAAUCCCAGAAGAAUUCCAAGUCUUUACAAACAAACAACUCCCAGAAUCCUGGAUCAGGGGACCACAAGAUAAAUGGGAGUAAGCAAAAACCAAGUGGAGUAGUAGUAGAAGUGGAGUCUGAUUCUUCAGAGAAGAUUAAGGCUUUGUCGAAUGAGAUUACGGAGCUGAAGAUAUCUGUGGAUCUUUUGGAGAAAGAACGGGAUUACUACUUUGCAAAGUUACGGGAUAUUGAGAUACUUUGUCAGGGACCGGAAUUGGAAAAUAUUCCGAUGGUUGUGGCAGUUAAAAAGGUGCUCUAUGCUGCAGAUGAAGACUCUGCACUUGCGGAAGCUCAACAAAUCCUAUCUGCCACUUCCAAUCAGUAAAUAAUCACCAGCUGGAUAAACAAAACAAAACAAAACCAAACCAAACCAAACUGUUGUAUCAUUUCAUUCACAUUGUAAAAUUAAGUUAUCACAUGACCUGGCCAUUUUUCACCACAAAAAGGACAUGGAACUUGUAUUUGUAUGUACAAUCUUGUUUAUUUAAAUUGAUACAAUUUAAAUGAAAUGAAAUCUUCACAUAUUUCUCUUA